AUGACCUCCAGGCUAACCAAGAGUCAGCAGAGGGCACUCUGCUCCCAGCUGGGAAACGUCAAGCUGAAGCUGCUGUACAAAGCCAGCAUCCAUGGUUUCACUGGUGCAGCUUUCCACCAGCAAUGUGACUCCCAGGGUCCCACAGUGUCAGUGGGCUAUAAUGCCACAGGCCACAUCUUUGGAGGAUACACCAGUAAACCUUUUAAUCAGUCUGGGCAGUUUGUGCAAGACGACAGGGCAUUUCUCUUCGCUUUCAAAGGAGAAGAUCUUCUCAAGUAUCAGGUCAUCAAUUCAAACCAGGCAGUGAAAAUGAUAGCUAACUCUGGUCCUUAUUUUGGAGAAUCAUUUGCUCUUGUUAAUGGAAGCCAAGCAGUCGUCUACAGCAAUCCAGGAAACCAUUACAACUUCAAUGCUGCAGAGAUGCAUGGCGACAACCUUCAGCUAACUGACUGUGAAGUCUAUCAUGUGAAGGAAAACACGGACCUAGAGAAGCCUUGGAGGGACAUUGUCUGGAAAUCUGAGAAGAGGGUGGAGCUAAUGGACAGUAUAAAGAAGUACAAGCCCAUCACCAGUUCAGUGCCUCAGGCCCGGAUCCUGCUCAUCGGGCCGGUGGGAGCUGGGAAGUCCAGCUUCUUCAACUCCAUCAACUCAGUGUUCAGAGGUCACGUGACCAGCCAGGCCAUCGCCGGCUGCUCUGGCACCAGCCUCACCACUCAGUUUCGCACCUACUCUGUGAAAGCUGGACGAGAAGGGAAACCUCUGCCAUUCAUGUUGUGUGAUACCAUGGGACUGGAGGAGAGCACAGGGGCGGGGCUUGACGUGGAUGACAUCCUUAGCAUCCUGAAAGGUCACAUUCCAGACUGUUACCAGUUCAACCCUUCUGUUCCGCUGCAAGUAGAAGCCCACGGCUAUCGCAGAUCUCCAGAACUUAAGGACCAGAUCCACUGUGUGGUCUUUCUCAUUGAUGCCUGCAAGGUCUCCAUCAUGCCCACUAAGCUGGAGGAGAAGCUGGCCGCUGUUCGCAGAAAGGCCAUCUUAAUGGGGAUUCCCCAGCUGAUCCUGCUGACCAAAGUGGAUGAAGCCUGCCCCACUGUUGCAGAAGACCUGAGCAACAUUUAUAAGAGCCGCUACAUUAAGGACAUGGUCCAGGAGGUCAGCGUCCGGCUUGGUGUGCCGCUGUCCUGCGUGGUUCCAGUGAAGAACUACUAUGAGGAGCUGGAGCUGGACCUGAAAUGUGACAUCCUGCUGCUCAAUGCCAUCAUCCAGAUGCUUCGCUUUGCUGACAACUACUUUGAUGACAUCAGUGACCGAUACCAAAACCUUGAGACAAAAGACCUCCACUGCUCCAAUCCGGCCUUCUCCUACCAUCCAACCUUUGCCACCUCUCCGCAGGUCUACAAGACGUUUUCCCCCAGACAUAAGCAAGUAUCGCUCCAACACACUGUGCUUCAGUUCCUGGUGUUCAUUUAAUACAUAGCAUUAAUCUCUAAUUGGCUCCCACUCUCCUUAAACAUACCUAAACUAAUGUUUAGAAAUACGCGGUGCUGAUGCUCCAGAUACAUGGUGGUUGAUUAGUCAUUGGUAACAAAUUAUAUUAGCAAGUCAUAACUCUUUCAUCCAGUUUUUUUCCCCUGUUAGUUUGUUUUAUCUCAUUACCAUUCCAUAUAU